AUGCCACCACUGCUGCUGCUGUUGUGGGGGAUCGAGUGUGUUGGGGGCUGGGGGUCCCAGGCAGGGGCUGGGGCUCCCACUAAUCCUCAGUCUCCCCCAGGGUACCUGGAUCUGGGUGACGAAUACCAGCUGCAGGUGCAAAAGUCGGUGACGGUGCAGGAGGGCCUGUGUGUCUUCAUACCUUGCACCUUCUCCUACCCCCCAGAUGGCUGGGACCACUCUGACCCAGUUCUCGGCUACUGGUUCUGGGAACCGGCCAAUCCCAAGUCAGAUGCUCUAGUGGCCACAAACAACACAGAAAGGCAAGUAAAAUCUCAGACCAGAGGCCGAUCCCAGCUUGUCGGGAACCCCCAGAAUGGCAGCUGCUCCCUGGUGAUCAGAGAUGCGGGGAAGACGGACAUAGCCACAUACUUCUUCUGGGUGGAGGGAGGAAAUGGUGUGAAAUUUAGUUUUGAUCCUCCUCUCUCUGCCCCGGACCUGACACAGAAGCCUGAUGUCUACGUCCCUGACACCCUGGAGCCGGGGCGCCCGGUGACACUGCACUGUGUGUUUCCCUGGGAGGAUUUUCAGGGCUGUCCAGCCCCCACGUUCUCCUGGUCAGGGGCAGCCAUUUCCUGCCAGGGAGCUGGACCACGAGCCUCCCUCUUAUCAGCACUCACCCUCACACCAAGUCCCCGGGGCCACGACAUUGAGCUCACCUGUCAAGUCGACUUCUCCAGAAAUGGCGUGAGCACCAGGACGACCGUCCGACUGAAUGUAGCCCACGCCCCGAAGGACCUUGUCAUCAGCAUUUCUUGGGCUAAAUUGUCAGCCCCAGAGCCCCAGGGAAACAUCUCACAUCUCGAAGUCCAGAAAGGCCAGUUCCUGAGGCUGCUCUGUGCUGCUGACGGCCAGCCCCCAGCCAUCCUGAGCUGGGUCCUGGACAACAGGGUGCUCUCCUGGUCCCCCCUCUUGGGCCCCAGAACCCUGGAGCUGGAGCUGCCUCCAGUGGGGCCGGGGGACACAGGGCACUACACCUGUCAUGCAGAGAACAGGCUGGGCUCCCAGGAGUUCUCCCUGGACCUCUCUGUGCAGUACCCUCCAGAGAACCUGAGAGUGAUGGUGUCCCAAGCAAACAGGACAGUCCUAGACAACUUCAGGAAUGGCACAUCCCUCCCAGUCCUGGAGGGUCAGUCCCUGCGCCUUGUCUGUGUCGCUGACAGCAGCCCCCCAGCCACGCUGAGCUGGGCUUGGAGGAGCCAGCGUCUGAGCCCCUCACAGCCCUCGGACCCUAGGGUCCUGGAACUGCCUCGGGUACAGAAGGAUGAUGAAGGGGAGGUCAUCUGCCAAGCUCAGAACCGGCUGGGCUCCCAGCACACCUCUCUGCGCCUCUCCGUGCUCUACGCCCCCCAGCUGCUCAGCCCUUCCUGCUCCUGGGAGGCCGAGGGUCUGCACUGCAGCUGCUCUGCCCGAGCCCGGCCGGCCCCCUCCCUGCGCUGGCGGGUUGGGGACUGGCUGGUGGAGGGGAACAGCAGCAACGCCUCUGUCACGGUCACCUCCUGCUCCGCCGGGCCCUGGGCCAACAGCUCCCUGAGCAUCCGCGGGGGCCUCAGCCCUGGUCUCAGGCUCCACUGCGAGGCUCGGAACGACCAUGGCGCCCACAGUGUCACUGUGCUGCUUCUGCUAGGUUGGGGGGUCAGCUCGGGCUGGGGGGGGGGGGAAGGAGUGUCAAUUCUAGAACUUGGGGCAGAGGACCUGGGGCUGAAGGGAAAGGGUGCGUUUGGGGUUGAGGGCUGGGGGCUGAUGAAAAGGGUGAAGACCCGAAGGAAGAAGGCAACCAAGACAGCAGCUGGAGGAUCGGAUGCCCCCUCUGUCUUGGGAACCAUUGCAUGGGGUUACCAGCAGGAGUCCCGGCCAGGCGGCUCCCCAGAUUGCCCACCCCCGGAUGUGGCCACCCCUACCUCUGGAGAACAGCAGGAACUCCAUUACGCCUCCCUCGUCUUCCAUGGGCUGAGGCUCCGGGAGCCUCAGGAGGCUACCAGCACCACGGAGUACUCGGAGAUCAAGAUCCAUCAGUGA